AUGGUUUUCGUUAUAUACAUUCAAAUAAAGAAUAAUUAGAUAUUGUAUUCAAAAAUAUCAAACAUUAUAUAUAUUAAAGUCCAGAGUAGGAUAUAAUAGCUGCUUUACAUUUACAUUUACAUUCUCCAAUAGUAUUAGGAAAACGUAAGACACAUGAUGUUUAAUUUUAUUGUGAAGUAGGAGGAGCAGUAGAACAUUUAGAAGGAAGAAAGAAAACAAAUAGAAAUGAUGAUGAUGAAAUAGAAGAAGAAGAGAGAUUGAG